AUGAAGUCAGAGGUCAGACAAAGGACUAGAGACACACCGAAGAACCCAAAUGACGGACCACUCGAUGGACACCACAAUGACAAGAAACACUCGGCCAAGAGGUCACCGAAAUUGGGAUCAAAUGCAUGUGUGAAGAGUGGUGUGAAGAAUAUCUUGAAAUGGGGUUUAAUAGUAUUAAUGGUUGUAUCCGUCAUAGUCUUCAUCUUGUCUCCAAUAGUCUUCAGAUACUCAUUAACUAUCCGAAGACUCUUAGUGUUUAUGAAUUACAUAAACAUUCCUCUCUUCAAGAACUUAAGUGAUCCGAUCAAUGAGUUUGAUAUGAAUUGCACUCAAAAUAUAUACUUAACUAAUGAAGACGUGAAUCAAACCAUCCGUUUAGGCGUUUGGCAUAUAUUGCCGAAGAGUCGCAACGAUGAGUGUCUUGAAGGCAAGCAUUUGGUGGACCCGUCUGUGGCUUUCAAUGACAAUCGACCCGUUUUUCUGUAUCUUCACGGAAACGGCGGCGCAAGAGGUGGUCAUCACAGGAGACAGUUGUAUGAAGUGCUGACGACGUCGAGUCAAUUGGACGCACAUGUCGUCACUUUUGACUACAGAGGAUACGGAGACUCGACUAAUGUGUGGCCAACAGCUGACGGCCUCCGCAGUGACGCCAAUACUGUCUACUAUUGGCUCUUAAAUCAGACGCAUAUCCAUAAGAACCGAGUGAUAGUUUGGGGCCAUUCGUUGGGAACCGCAGUCUCCGUGCGAUUCCUGAGUCAACUGCCGGUCGCAGACAAUCCUCGGGCACUCGUAUUGGAAGCGCCGUUCACUUCGAUCGGCGAGGCUCUCAAAUGGCACCCCUUUUCUAUUAUCUAUCGGAACUACUUUCCAUUCUUUGACACAUUCUUCGUGGAUCCGAUAGUCAACUCGGAUGUGACAAACUUCGACAGCACUUCAGCCCUGAAUCGGAUCCAAAUACCACUGCUUAUACUUCACGCUCAAGACGAUGGAAUAGUGCCCUUCCAUUUGGGACACAAACUAUACGAACAGUCACUCAGAGAUCAGCCCAAGAGUUGCAAGAGAGCACAAAUGAUUGCCUUCAAUGGACAGUAUGGUUACGGACAUAAAUACAUAUUCAAAGAUUUACAAUUGCCACAGAUUAUCCACAAUUUUAUCGCAUCCAAUGAAUGA